AUGACGUCUAGUCCUAUCUCUCCACCCUCCAACUUCCAACUGCAAAGCCCACUAUUUAGCGUUAUACCGGGCGAGAUUCGUAACGACAUCUUUGAACUGGCGCUCAUGCAGGAUGAAGACAAUGCAGCAGCGUAUCCGGAAGACUCGUACUGGUUCAGGCCGGGCUUUUCAGGGCCGCUCAAGGGUAGUAGUGCGCUCUUGCGCACAUGCAAGCUGGCGUAUGCGGAGGGCCAGAAAGUGUUUCUCAGAGAACUAGAAUGGGCGUUUUGGUUUAAUCGUGGACCCGAUGGCCGCACAUGCACCCCAGCGUGCGAGAAAUUCUUCCGAGACCUAACUCCGCAAGCUGUGCAGUCACUUCAAAAAGUGCGUUUCUUUACGCAAAUGUUCUGGCUCGAAAACGGCUAUCAACUCUUCUAUCUCUUCUCGGUACCACAGUUCCGACCCACUCAACUUACCAUUACCAUCCGGUACUCAGAUUGGUGGUUCUGGGAAGACAAUGAGCCACUCCGCAUGGAUGAGGGGUGGCUACGCUAUUUUGAGGCGAAUCCAGGCUUGCGCGUUCUGAAGGUUGAGUACGAGACAAUCAGUUGGAAGAAAGCAGAGAUGAUGCGCAUCAUCGAGCGAAACAAGAAAUGGAAGCUGCCCGUGAGAAGAGAAGGUGGGAGCUUCCAAGCAAACGAGCUUGAGGGAUAUCUAAGUGCCGAAGGUACAGCACUAAACGAAUGGAAAUGGAAGGGCACAAGCAAGCUAGGUGGAGAGAGAUGGAUUCAUCAUGGUACCGGAGACAAAGUCGAGUAUGUCGUCGUGACGGAUACCUGGAGAUUUGUGGAAGGCGAACUGAGCGAGAAAGAGAUGGCGGGCCGAUUAACCUCAAUGCCGCGGGCACCAGAAACGAUACGACAUGUGGAACCAAGACACCGGAAUGUAGGUGCAUGGCGUGCAAGGCUUCGCGAGAGGAGGACUACGCGGGAUGCAGCUUAG